UGCGUCGCCGCGCGCCAUUGUCGCGCUGUCCCCCUCUCCCCGUUCCGCGCUUUGCGGCCGCGGCCCGGCCUUCUCUCCGCGCUCUCUAAGAUGGCGGUGUCCGGGACGCUGUACACGUACCCCGAGAACUGGCGGGCCUUCAAGGCGCUGAUCGCCGCCCAGUACUCGGGCGCCCGGCUCCGCGUGCUCUCGGCCCCGCCGCACUUCAGCUUCGGCCACACCAACCGCAGCCCCCAGUUCCUCAAGAAGUUCCCGCUGGGGAAGGUCCCGGCCUUCGAAGGGGACGACGGAUUCUGCGUCUUCGAGAGCAACGCCAUCGCCUACUAUGUGAGCACGGAGGAGCUGCGGGGCAGCACCCCUGAGGCUGCAGCUGCCGUCCUGCAGUGGGUGAACUUCGCCGACAGCGACGUGGUGCCCCCGGCCAGCACCUGGGUGUUCCCCACGCUGGGCAUCCUGCACUACAACAAACAGGCCACGGAGGUGGCGAAGGAGGAGGUGCGGAAGGUGCUGGGGGUCCUGGACGGGCACCUGAGAACCAGAACCUUCCUGGUGGGGGAGAGGGUGAGCCUGGCCGACAUCAGCCUGGUCUGCGCCCUGCUCUGGCUCUACAAACAGGUGUUGGACCCCGCCUUCCGGGGCCCCUUCGGGAACGUCACGCGCUGGUUCCUCACCUGCCUGAACCAGCCCCAGUUCAAGGCCGUGCUGGGGGAGGUGCAGCUGUGCCAGAGGAUGGCCCAGUUCGACGCCAAGAAGUUUGCGGAGAGCCAGGCCCGGAAGGAGAAGGAGAAGGAGCCGGCGAGGCGGGGGGAGAGGGAGAAGGAGCCCCCCAGGAAGGAGAAGGAGAAGGAGAAGGAGAAGCCCCCCGGAGAGGAGAAGCGGCCGCAGCCCGAGGAGGAGCUGGACGAGUGCGAGCAGGUCCUGGCAGCCGAGCCCAAGGCCAAGGACCCCUUUGCACACCUGCCCAAGAGUCCGUUUGUCCUGGACGAGUUCAAGCGCAAGUACUCCAACGAGGACACGCUGGGCGUGGCCCUGCCCCACUUCUGGGAGCACUUUGACCGCGAGGGGUGGUCCCUGUGGUACUGCCAGUACCGGUACCCCGAGGAGCUGAGCCAGACCUUCAUGAGCUGCAACCUCAUCACAGGGAUGUUCCAGCGCCUGGACAAGCUGAGGAAGAACGCCUUCGCCUCCGUGGUGCUCUUUGGGAAGGACCACGACAGCAGCAUCUCGGGGGUCUGGGUGAUGCGGGGCCAGGAGCUGGCCUUCACGCUGUGCCCUGACUGGCAGGUGGAUUACGAGUCCUACACCUGGCGCAAGCUGGACCCCGACAGCGCCGAGUGCCGGACGCUGGUGACGGAAUAUUUCCUCUGGGAGGGCGAGUUCAGGCACGUGGGCAAGCCCUUCAACCAGGGCAAGAUCUUCAAAUAAACGGGGCAAAACCCGGGGAUUUCGGGCAAAACCCCGGGGUCCACGGCCCCUCGGCCAGGGCGAGGUCCUCAAGUGAAAUUUGGGUUGAAAUCCUGGGGUUUCGGGUUCAGUUCCUGGCAGUUUCAGCCAAGAUUCUGGGGUCUCAGAGCCCUUCAGCCAGGGCAAGGUCUUCAAAUAAAAUAGGUCAAAAUCCGGGGGUUUUGGGCAAAAAUUCCAGGGUUUCACAGCCCUUCCACCAGGGCAAAAUCUUCAGUAAAAUUUGGGUUGAAAUCCUGGGAUUUUGGGUUCAAUUCCUGAGAGUUUUAGUCAGAAACUCCGGGGUUUCACAGCCCUUCCACCAGGGCAAGGUCUUCAAGGGGAACCCCAUGGUUUUGGGCAGAAAUCCCGGGGUUUUCGGUCAAAAAUCCGAUUUUUUUUCAGCCACAAAUUCUUGGAUUUCAGAGCCCUUCAACCAGGGCAAGAUCUUCAGAUAAAAUCUGGGGUAAAUUCCUGGGAUUUUGGGUUUAAUUCCUGGGAUUUGGGGCUGAAGUUCCAGAAUUUUGGGGCCCUUCAACCAGGCCAAGAUCUUCAAGUGAAUUUGGGUUAAAUUCCUGGGAUUUUGGGCUCAACUCCCAGAAUUUUGGGCUGAAAUCCCAGCAUUUUGGGGCCUUUCAAGAUCUUCAAGUGAGUUUGGGCUGAAAUCCAGGAGUUUUGGGCUGAAAUCCCGGGAUUAUGGGGCCCUUCAAGCACAGCAAGAUCUUCAAGCGACCCCCUGGAAUUUUGGGCUGAAAUCCCGGGAUUUUGGGGCCCUCUGGGAGUUUUGCUUCUCCAUCCAAUAAAAAGUUUGAGACAGGA